AUGGCUGAACAAGAUGAUUCGUGGCGCACUCCAGCGUUGCGCCAAAAGGUGCUCAGCGAAAUCGAUGAAGUCAUCAAUGCAUCUGGCAAUCCGGCGGGAAAAUCAAGCCAAGACAUGGAGAAUCACAUUUUUCAAAAAGCGUCUAGCCGGGAAGAGUAUCUCAGCUUUGUGGCCCGCGUUAUCAUACAUAUGCGAGAAAUGAAUGACAGAAGCAUGAGUGCAAGUAAUCCUCAUCUUGCUGCUGCAUUGAAUGCACCCAACUCUUCUGGAACUGGAGACAUGUGGAAUACUGGCGGGAACAAUCCUGGUGGUCAGGUUGCUGGUCAGGGAGUGAUGGUUGGGCAAAUGAGCAUGUUGCAGAACCAGUUGGGCGGUGGUGUGCAGAAUACGCAGGGUGGCCAGUCGAUGUUGCAAAGUCAGCUCAAUCAGCCUAUGCACCGGGGACCUAUGCAGCAUCCAAUGCGAAUGAACGCCAAUCCCAUGAUGAAUCAAGGCCCAGGGGGUGUAAGUCAGCUCCAAAAUCAGCUGAGUCAACCCAGUCAAUUGCACGCUAGGCUGACGCAGCCAUCGCAACUUCAGUCACAGUUGCAAUCAGGAAUGGACGGUUCGGGGGGAAUGAGAAUGCAAAUUCAAACUCAACCGCAGCAAGGUCCGGGCCAAAUGGUUGGUUCACAGCUUCAAAAUCAGCUUAGCCAGCCACCCCGUGGAAUGAAUGUCCCUAUGGGGACAACCCAGUUUAUUGGUCAAAAUGUUGUACGUGGGCCCGGGGCCAUGAUGCCGCAGUCUGGCCCGAUGAGACCAACAAGAGCUCGAAUGCCUGCCGGUAUGCGUGGAGUUCAGCAGAUGAAUGUUAUGGGACCGAGGCCGGCUGGUCAAGUUCCACAAAUGCAACACAUGCCACGUCAGCAACAAAUGAAGCCUGACAGUUUGAUGGGAAUGAUGGGAGGAAAUGUGAAUGUCAGCUCUCAACCGAUGAACAUGGGCAACACUCCGCAGCCGAUGUACGCAACUGCUCAAGGUGGGCCGCGACCGAUAAUGAUGAAUGCCACAAGUGCAGGAGACAAAGCCAGCACCAUGGGUAUGAUGCCCAAUAUGUCACCUCAGUCGCAGGUUUCUUCUGGCAUGCAUAUGCAACAGGUCAAUUCUCCUAUGGUUCCAUCGCCGUCGCUUCAUGUUGUUUCUUCACCGAUGCCUCAGCCCCAAAGACCUGGGUAUCAAGGUUCGACGAUGCAAGGAAACGUGCCAAUUAAUGCCGGUGGUCCUGGAAUCAUCAGACCUUCUGUGCCGGAAGAUUCUCCGUAUCUGGAAAAAAUACGACAAUUGAGCAAGUUUGUUGAACCGCUUCAACGGAUGAUUGCAAAGCUGGAUGACGACGAUACUGACAAGAUGACGAAAAUGAAAAAGCUGAUGGAUAUUUUGACGAAUCCAAAUACACAAGUUCCAAUGGAUACCUUAUUGAAGUGCGAGCAAGUGUUGGAGAAAAUUGUGUUCAGCAAAGGGGAAAUGAUUGGACCGAGUGGGCCAGGAAGUGUGCCACCACCUCUCUCGGCAGCUACUCCAACAUCCAUAGCUGGUCCACCAUCUGUGCCUACACUCGAACCGACAGCCGGUCCCCCGAGCAACCUUCCGUCACUUGGCAGUGUACCUACUCCGGGUCCCUCGCAACCCAAUUCUGCUCCACCACCAUCCUCCACUGCGGGUGGGGGUCCACCUAAUGCUGCACCAAAUGCUGGUGUCCAGGGCCCACCGAUGGAUAAAGCUUCGAGUGGUGGUGCUGGUGGUCCUCCAGCUGUACUAGCGCCACCGCCGAAUCUCCCGAAUAUGAUGACGAGGGAUCAGCAAGUUUUAUUCGGUCCACUCCUGGAAACAAUUGCGAGCACUUUGAAAUCGCAGUUCUUCAAUCAUACUAUGGAGAGGACUUUCGGACAGUGCAUGGAAGCGCUGUUCGGACCUGAAAUUAGAUUGCCAGAAAGGACAACCGUUUCUUUCGAAGAUACGCUCUCCGACGAUGAAAGCGAAGAUACCGUGAUGCUUGGUGGAGAUGAAUGUGAUGAUUUCGAGAGGUCAGAUAUUCCGGAUGCUUUGCGAAGAGAGAUCUGCGGAAAGGAUCCCGAGCAGUACAGCUUUAAACGGAUCCAAGAUCUCGAAUUCCCGUCCGGGCACAUAGUAGUGGAGUGUCACUUGCUGGACUCGAAAGCUCCACUUGUUCCGCCGAUUCUAAUAUACGUUCCGAGGAAUUACCCGGAGGAUUCCCCGCCGUUUUGCAAUUCUGAAUUACCUGGAUAUGAUAAAUCGACGUAUCUACUGAACGUGAAGAAGGACAUGCUCGAUCGAUUGAAGAAGCUUCCAGAGAGGAACACGUUAUCUCAUAUAUUGCACGUUUGGGAGAUGUCCGUGAGACAUGCAGCAAGCGUACCGAUGUGGCUAUCGAAUAUUCACGAAGGAUCAAAAGCAAAAUUGUUUGGAAAAGUUUGAAUCGAAACUGAAUUAUUUUGUUUUUGAAAAUGUUCCGAAUUUGAUGAAUUAUUUUUUUGGAUGAUACAAUGCUCACAGAAAGUGUAAAAAA